UUUCAACGAACUGUUGGGCUUUCGACCCAGAAAAUAAAAAAGUGAUUUUGUUUUAUUUAAAAUCUGUUGAGUGGCAAACUCGACCACAGCUACUCGCUCUUUCAUUCCGAGCUAGCCAUGGCAACAGUGCGCAUGAUAGACAUAGCCGUCAACUUCACAGAUGGCAUGUUCAAAGGGAUCUACAAUGGCAAGCAAUGCCACCUACCGGAUAUAGCUGCAGUUUUGAAUAGGGCUUGGAGUGCCGGCGUGGACCGAGUCAUCGUAACUGGUGGGUCACUCCAAGAAUCAAAAGAAGCUCUUGCAAUCGCCGAAACAGAUGGUUUGUUGAACAUGGAGGCUCUUCUGUACAGUCGGUGUGCACCCAACAAGAUGCAAGGUUACUUCUUGUUCCUUAAAGAGUUUGAAGAGAGUGGAGAUCCUGAAAAACAUUUUCAGGCUCUUUUGACAUUGGCCAAAGAGGGAAUUGAGAAGGGAAAGGUGGUUGCAAUUGGUGAAUGUGGAUUGGACUACGACAGGCUUCACUUUUGCCCAGCAGAGAUUCAAAAGAAGUAUUUUGAGAAGCAGUUUGAAUUGUCAUAUACAACAAAGCUACCCAUGUUUCUUCAUAUGCGUGCAGCUGCUGAAGAUUUCUGUGAAAUUUUCGAGAGAAAUAAGGACAGGUUCAGUGCUGGAGUUGUCCAUUCAUUUACUGAUAGUGCAGAAGAUCGUGAUAAGCUUCUUACAUUCAAUAAUAUUUAUAUAGGAGUAAAUGGUUGCUCUCUGAAGACGAAAGAUAAUCUUGAUGUGGUGAAGGGCAUUCCUGUAGAGAAAAUGAUGAUCGAGACGGAUUCUCCUUAUUGUGAAAUCAAGAACACUCAUGCUGGGAUUAGUUUUGUGAAAUCCAUCUGGCCCUCCAAGAAAAAAGAGAAGUAUGAUCAGGAGUGCAUUGUUAAAGGCCGCAAUGAACCUUGUCUAGUUCGGCAAGUUCUGGAGGUGGUGGCUGGUUGUAAAGGUGUCUCUGAUAUAGAUCAGCUGAGCAGGACCUUGUACCACAACACAUGCAGGGUUUUCUUUCCUCAAGACUUGGAUUCUGCAGCAGAUGCUCUGCUUGCUGGUGGUCAUGACUCUGAUGAACCAACUUCUUAGGGACUUUGCUAUAGCCAUAAAUCUUCUUGAGAAAGACUAUUUGGUUCCUACAUUCCUCCACUUCGCUGACAAAGCAUUCCGCAUAAGAUUUAAAAAAGAAAGAAAGAAAAGAAAGUCUUGGAUAGGGAGCCCCCAUGAGAGUUACAUCUACAUAUGUAUUUGAUUGCCAACUAUCCCCCCAGUUUUGGAAAUGGGGUUCUCGAUCCUUUCAGGGUCUACCAAAUUGUUCCAGAGAUUAGACGCCAUAUUCUCCAUUUGUAUUGAUCACAAUGCAAAGCAAUCAUGAUUAAUGGCGAUUGUUCCUGGUAACCAGGCAUCUGUGCCCGACCCAAGUUUUCAUAUUGUUAUCUCCACCAGUGUACAUCAUACUGCAACUGUGACAUGGUGGUUGUUCCUGUGGAUGAAGAAUCUGACCAUGAACCUGAGUUUUCGAACUAUUUAUCGUGUAUUUGAUGUGUACCAUGGAAGACGGAACACCCAAAUGCGGACUCGAGAUAAGAGUUGAUUCAAAAUACAGAUUUGACCAUA